AUGGCAGUGCUAAUCCUGAUAGGUUUAGAUCGCCGUCCCGCCAUCUCUGACUACUGGUCCAUGUCACCCGAGUUCUACACAGCAUGGUACCAUAGUAUGUUUCCCCGACAAAGGUUCCAGGACAUAUAUCAUUCCAUGCUGCAAGCUGGUGAUAAAGAUGCGGAAGGGAAGGAUAAGAUCGAGCCGUUCAUGGAUUUACUUCUUGGCAAAUUUCGUGGGGCUUUUUAUCCGUUCCAAGAAUUGUCCAUUGACGAGAUGGUUAUUGGUUUCAAGGGUCGAUGGCAAUUCAAACAAUUCAAAGCAAGCAAACCCAGCAAGUAUCACAUCAAGACGUUUGGUCUUUGUGAUUCAUCAACUGGGUAUGUGAUGAAUAUACUGACAUAUUUCGGCGCCAAUACGUCGUAUGACCCUGAAGCAGAUGCAGACAGUGGAGCAGCUGUGAGGAUCUUUGACACGCUCCUCACCUGUGUUGACAGAGGUCACAAGAUCUAUGCUGACCGUUAUUACACAACGAGGGCUCUUGUUGACCAUCUGCUAAAAAAAAAGCACCACUACACCAGCACGCUUAUGCUGAACAGAAAAUCUUUUCCACCUCAGCUGAAAAACCUGAGUCUGCAACAUCGACAACUGCGCUGGUUUCUCCAUGAGAAUUCAGAUGUCCUGUGUGCGGCUUUUCGGGACAAAAAAGCCAAAAAACCAGUUGUUCUCGUUUCCACUGACGCACAGGUGGAUACAACACAAGUCAAAGAUGUUGACAAGCCGACGGUCAUCCAUGACUACAACAGUCACAUGAAUGGCUGUGACCUUCUUGACCAGAAGGUCACAUAUUACCUCGUCUUCUCCCGCAAAUCAGUGAAGUGGUGGAAGAAGCUGUUCUUUUGGAUGAUGGAGAUAACUCAGGUCAAUGCCUUCAUUCUCUACACCCUCACAAGAACAGACGCGCAGAAGAAGAUCGGGUUGAAAAAGUUCAAACUGAUGCUCAGUCGGCAACAACAACGAUGGCAAAGACAACAAUGA